UAUAAAGUGCUGCUUCCGGGUAGCUAUAAUGUGGUAGUUAGGUGUUUCUCGUCUGUAAAGAACUUUUACUCGAUUUCUGUCGCUUCGCCGUCAAAAUGCAGAACGUGUUUUUGUGUCUAUUCGCUUUGGCUUUCGUGGCCGUCGUACAAUGCAAGCCGAAAGGAGUCCGACCGGAGUGCAAUUUGGAUAUGAAGACCGGUUGCCCGCGCAAUUACGAUCCACUGUGUGGAACUAACGAAAAGACAUACGCUAACCUGUGCGAAUUAUGCGUUGCUCAUUAUCAAGCCACGGAGAGCGGCAAAUCCGGCGUGGAAAUUGGACAUCCCGGCGAAUGUGAUCACGGUGACAAGCCACAGAACGAUCGCAGUGAAGGCGACAGUGCCAAUACCAUCUAUCCUCGUGCGCCAAGAUGCUCUCCAAAGCCGGCACAGGGUCUUCGUGCUUGCAACCGCAUGUUGCGCCAAGUGUGCGGCAGCAAUGGAAAGACAUACGGCAACGAGUGUAUGUUGUGCUUCGAUAUGGAUGAAACCGGACAGGAUAUUCAAGUGGCCAAAGAAGGACAGUGCUAAAUAUGUUUGUUUACGAUUAGGACUGACAGUAUUUUGUCUUGCGUCUGCAAAACUAGGAAAUAAUUUCCUUUCCUUUCCCUAAAUGGAACAUCUAAGAUAAACGCAGUGCGGUGCGAUAUUUGCGGCAUAACGAAAUAAAAAGAAAAAAAGAAUUG